GUACACCUUCCCUUGUCCGAGCGGCCCGAAGUCAUGUUGAACGGGGCGAGCGUGACCACCUCCCUCCCCCCUUCCAUAGGGUCCGACGAGGAUCAUGAGGCGCAGGUGUGGUCUCCCACCUUUCUUUUGUUUGUGCCUGACGCCAUGCAUGAGGUUGUGCAGGUCACUCUCGAGGCCCCGUGUUCGGUUGACACAGCCCUCCAGUCCAUUGUUGAUGCCGCGAGUGCGGAGAGAUACCGCUUCUUCUCACGCCAUGUGGUGGUGGACCCACAACCAUCGCAACACUGGGGCGCUAUCUUGGCGCUUCCUGCUUGGACUGACGACGAACCCGUGGCCGUACUUGACCUCCUUCAUGUCGAUGGUCGGUGUUUUGCGACCUACUUGCCAAAUCCGUUCAACCGUACCCAAGCUCUCUAUGCAGCUCGCUUGCCGGUCGACUACCCUGUCGAGGUGUUCGCUUUUGGCUGGCAUACCCCGAUGCAACCGCGGGACCGUGUCGACAUGGUUGAAGGGGGCAAAAUCACUUUCCGUAGACCUGGUGCGAUGCAUGUGGUGCAAGGUCGAUACGGCGUCGUUCAUGAGGGCGGCUAUGGCUACUUCACUACCAUCGAUGGCAGUGAAAGUGAUGUUCUGCAAGGAGCCAGAGCCGCAAGCGGGCUAACAAGCGGCACUGUGCAUUACGCAGUCGGACAAUUGGAGGUUCAGGACGUCAUGUGCCAUGGACUGCCUUGUCAGGGCAUUUGUGCCGUCGCUCCUGCGGAAGCAGCCGCGACGUCGUCUGGUUUCCACCCGUGCGUUGUCCUUAUCGAUCAGCGGCCGCUUCUAGAGGGUUGGUCCCUAUGGGUGUCCCUGACGAAUGAGCUAUGUCACGCAGAACUCGCCAGUCUGUUGGAAACUUUUGUUCCAGCUGGGUGGCAGAUACAAAUUCUCGGAGCUAACAUUGAGGGAGGUAUGUUGCAAGUGCACAACGGCUUGGUGUUGACAGCCGAGUUCGUUCCCGUUACCUCCCCUGAAGAGACAGUGCACUCCCCUCAACUCACUGAGGGGUUAUCCGAGGCUGAUUCUGGCACCUCGCCACCUUCCGGAUCGUUUGGAGGAGGUCCUUCUCAGCCCGCACCAGCGAAUGGAGGUACUUCUGCUCCAGAUGGUCGUUCCGUUGCCAGGGACCGCAGCAGGUCCCGCACCCCACCUGCGCCCUCCUCUCGUGUGCUUCGUCUUCGAGCCGGUAUGGGUGCCUGUCUAUUGGGUCAGCCGUCGUGUCUCUCUGCCGUUGGCGCCAUAUGUGCUCUCCCUGUUUCGUCGGCGAGUGCGCUCUACGCCGAUCAUACGAGCCCUGACAUUGUGUCUGCAUGCGGGCUGUACGGGGCUUUGGCGGAUAUCUUGGUACAAGCCACGCGCAGAAACUUGUGUUGGUUGGGCCUCGCCCCUUGUCUUGUUCUUUUGCAUGGGAUCGGUACCUUUUGCCUUUUGUGGAUACGAUCCUGCAAGUUCCUUAGCGAGCCGCAGGGGCGCAACUGUUCUGAAAGAGCUCGCUUGGCCGUUUUGCGUUCCCUCACUGUCGAACUUGGGGGUCAAUGGAUGCCAAGGCUCCCUUUCUUCUUCGAUCUGCCUCCCGAUGUUGAGGCUGAGGCAGACGACUCCGAUUUCCCGCAGGAACAGGUUGUCCGUCGCAUCCCGUGUGCUAUACUGAAGCUGGACUACACUCCUGAACAUGUGGCAGUUGCUCUCCGGGUGCCUGCUACUCAGGAGGAACUCACGAGGGCGCUUGAAGUACGCCGGCACGCUCAGGUACAGUGCACUUUUCCUGCUCUUUUACCGGUGUUACCACAGCCUGUCCCGGGAUUCGCUGUUUUCAUCGCCUCCACUGCCUGGCACGGUUUCAGCGGGGUCUGUUUCGAUACCAGUCAGAUUGAUCACAGGGUCUUUCUGGUCUUUAUGCCGGAAUAUGUCACGCGGAGUCUGCUUAUCCGGUGUGCUGAUCUCCCUGCGGGGCUUGAUCUUGCUGUCAGAUUUGGCGUUGACAACAUCCCUUUGCCGGACGAUGUUGAGGUCCAUCUAUACCCGGGUGCAUUGAUACAGUUCAUUCCGACUCGGACUGUGCUGCAGGAGCUUCCCGGGCUUCCCACGCUUGGCCAGUCCCUUCUGCUUCCCGAUGCCUGGUCGCCGAAUGCUGCUUUUCCUGCCCCGGCUUUCGAUGGCGCGGUCGGCCUCCUUUUUCGGGGUAGUGCUCACCUUUUCAUCUCCGAGCCCGGGGAAGCGACACGUUACCGCCAACGCAUUGCU